UCGCCCUCUGUUUGCCGUGAGCGAUGUGUCAUUCUUUGCCCAGUGAUCAUUGCGUUAAAAAAAAAACGCAGAAAGAAACAGAGGAGGACCAGCGACAGGCUCAAGGCAAAGUGAUUCAUUCUUGCAUUGAUUUCCAAGAAAAGGAAAGGGCUCACGGUCCGUGUGAAAGCAUUGCGUCCUCUGAACAGGAUAUCAGGUGGAUGUACAAUGUAAUAAGGCUUGUUUUGGGUGGCCAGCUGAGUAAGUUCACGUACUCGACGUAAACAUUCGCGAUCAGGAACCUGUAUAUAUAUAAAGAACGACUUUUCGAUACCAUCUGGAACUUGCUGUUGUCUCUGUUGGUAUAAGAUUCCCUUUAACUUCAACUGUCAACUGAUCCUGCGAGAUGUUCUCCUCCCUGCGGCUGUUGGUUAUGUGUGUGGUUCUCGCCGCCUUCGUACAUCACACACAGGCUUGGUGGUGGUUAGGAAGAUGGUGGUAUGGUUACAGAGAUGUUGCUCCUCCAGGAAAUAGGUGCGUGGCUAUUGAGGACAGGGGCCCAUGUGGCAUCUGCCGCUACCCCAUUGACGUCACCAUCAAUGUCAAGAACGAGCUGACAGACUCGCCGUUUAAGCUGGAGGAAACUAUUCGACAAGAGCCACAGCAGACGCUGAUUCGUUUCCUGGAAAGAGCGGUUGAGCAAGACAUCCAAUUCAAGUUCACAGCCAUUUACUUCAAAAACCUUGGCUACUUCAUCGAAAGCAUCAACGGCCUCAGUGGCAGUAAUUUCUCUGCAUUCUGGAAAAUCUCCAGUCUGCCGACGGGCGCAGAUCUACAGUGCGGCGUGUCCAGUUAUGUGCCAGAAAACGGGGAGACUUUGCUUUUUGACCUCGUUCCCAUCCCUGCUCAACAUCCGUGAAGCCAUGGAAUGUAAUGUCACUAUCGUCAGCUGUCAACGCUCUUCUCAGCAGUGAGAUUAUCUGCAAAUAGAAUAUAUACCUAUUAGAUUCUGUAUAAAAGAUCCUAAAUUAAUCAAACGUUUUAUUUUGUUCGCUAGAAGGAAAUCCUGUUUUGUUUCGUGACUUCCGCCAUGCAAUAAACGAGGAGUGUUAACUUCACAAAAACGAU